UCAAGUCAACUUAAUGAGUGCGUUCAGACAAAAGUGCAACAAAUUUUUGAAAAUUAAUAAGAAGUGAAAAUACUUCCGCGGUGUUGAAAAGGACAAUAUUCAUUUUGAAAAACUCAUAAUGUUACCGUAUCAAGCCGUAGCUAUGGAUUAUGCUGGUUAUCAAAGACAAAGUUCAAGUGUUCCAACGGGACCGAUGGCCAUGGGGUCAUUGGGAAUGGGUGGCUCACCAUUUGGACAUUCAUGGCUGGUACCAACUCAGGAUCUUUGUGCAGUUCCUUACAAACAAAUGCCAAAUCAGCAUCAGAAUGGAGGCAUGCAUCCAAAUCAGCAAUCUCUGGAACCUGGAAUUUUAGAAUUACGAAAAGAAAAGUCACGAGAUGCGGCCAGAUCCAGACGUGGCAAAGAAAACUAUGAAUUUUAUGAAUUAGCCAAAAUGCUUCCAUUACCUGCCGCCAUUACUAGCCAGUUGGACAAGGCAUCAAUAAUAAGACUGACAAUAAGUUAUCUAAAGUUAAGAGAUUUUUCAAGUCACGGUGAUCCACCAUGGACGCGGGAUAGUUCAACAAAUAGUAAAGUUUUAAAAAUGUUUUCUUGCCGCUUUUCAGGCGCAGCCAUUCGAAGAAGUCCUGCCGUUGAACUUUUUGAACAGCAUCAAGGCACUCAUAUUCUUCAGUCAUUAGAUGGUUUUGCACUAGCUGUCGCGGCUGAUGGAAGAUUCUUGUACAUAUCAGAAACAGUGUCCAUAUAUUUAGGCCUGUCACAAGUUGAAAUGACAGGCAGCAGUAUAUUUGACUAUAUCCAUCAAGCUGAUCAUGCUGAAAUAGCUGAACAGCUUGGACUAAGUCUUACCAGUGGAGGCAGCGGUAGUAAUGGAGCUGGUCUGGCGUCUCCUUCAUCGGGUGCAUCUGAUGAAGGUGGUGGCAAUCAUGGCACAAAUAAUCCUGAUGUUUCCGCCCAAAUGUGUAUUAAUUCAACGACGAUGUAUAAAGGAUUUGAAAGAUCUUUUUGUGUUCGAAUGAAGUCGACGCUUACAAAGCGUGGCUGCCAUUUCAAAUCUUCUGGUUACAGGGUUGUUUUAUUGUUAUGUAAACUACGACCGCAGUACACAUUUUCGCACACAAGAAAAUCACAACCACCUCUGCUUGGUAUGGUAGCACUGGCGAUAGCAUUACCACCACCAUCCGUGCAUGAAAUUCGAUUAGAAUGUGAUAUGUUUGUGACGAGGAUUAAUUUUGACUUCCGAAUAGCACAUUGUGAACCAAGAGUAUCAGAUCUUUUGGAUUAUAGUCCGGAGGAAUUAGUUGGAAAGAAUUUAUACAAUUUAAUUCAUGGUGAAGAUGCUAACAAAAUGAGAAAAAGUCAUAUGGAUUUAAUAGAAAAGGGACAAGUUCUAUCACCCUACUACAGAAUGAUGAACAAAACUGGAGGUUAUACUUGGCUGCAAACAUGUGCAACAGUAGUUUGCAGUACAAAAAAUGCCGACGAACAAAACAUUAUUUGCGUUAAUUACGUAAUAAGCUGUCGUGAAAAUGAACAUCUUAUCUUGGAUACCUGUCAACUAGAACCAAGUGCAGAUUCUGUCAAAAACGAAGAAUCAGGAACAGACAAAGGUGCUGGUUCACCUGGUGGUGAUCCCUCUACUGAAGGUCAUCCAGGAUCUGCAUCCGAUUCGAAAACAUCUUCUUCACCAAAAACUGACAACGACAGUCAUCAUCGGACUAGGGCACGAAGUAGCACAACAAAUGUUAACAAUACAUCCAUAUCAAUGGCAAAAGAUGCAUCGACUGUUGUUGCUGGUACAUCGUUAGGAGAAGAAUCGAUUCCAACAGCGUUAACCCCCAACACUGUAACGGCUCCUACAAAAAGAGGUCAAAAGAGAAAAAUCAAAGUUGAAGAGGAAAUUGUAUCAAACAACGAAACUGCAAUAUCAUCACCUGAUCAAAGAGAAACCCCUCGAAGUCGCCAUCCUUCUGUCAUUGAGGAGCAUGCUGAAACCUCAGUCAAGGAUCUCGAGAAUGCCAUGUCAAAACAUUUACCCUCGCCAGGUGGAAGCUCUGCAACAACUGACUUUAGUGCUGAUGCCCUUUUAAAGCAACAACAACAGCAGCAACAACAACAGGAAAAGAGCAGUACGAUUCAGUGGAUUGGUACGCCGCACUAUCAACAACCGCCACCAAUGCCUGCCUCGACACUUCUUCGACAAUUGUAUGCCAAUCGGGAAAGCGUUAUACGUGCAACAGCUCGACAAACACCAACGGGUGUCUUCUAUAGUGACAACCAAGGUGGUCCACUUCCAACGCCACCUGGAAGUGAAUCCUCGUACGAUAACCAAUAUCUGCUGCAUGGACACACACCUCAAAAAUCAACAGAUGCGUUUACAAACCUCGUGUCAACGUAUGGUGGUUACCACAGUUCGAUAGAUUAUCAUAAUGCCAUGACCCCACCAAGCUCUGUGUCCCCCAGGGAUUCCAAUAACCUAGGUGGUAAGAACUCUUCACAUGGCUCGAAUGGUGGUUAUGAGUACGCUGAUCCGCUGCGUGGCGGUCAAUACAAUACUCCAACCAGUACUGAUUCGAGCUCAGCUCCACCUUUGCCUUUAAAACCUCAACCAUACUCAGCUGCUGCUGCUGCCAUGCAUCAUCAUGCGGCCAAUACAAUAGACCCCGCUUCGGCAUACGGCAACCUCGAACAACCCCAAUAUUUUUCCCCACACUCCGGCUUCCACUUGUACCAUAAAGGUGGCCCAUCUACAAGUUGGUAUACAGCACCAUCGUAGACAGUGAAGUUCCAAUUGAAAGACAGCUAGAUGAUGAGCUUGACUUCGUAUUUUUGUUCGUGAAAUGUAACAUAACAGUUCUGUAACUAAAAACUAAUGAGGGUGAUUAUUCGGGGAUGAAGAAACAUGAAAUCCUAAAUGUGUCAUGUAACAAUCCAUCUCUGGAUGGCCUCGCGUUAUGAGUUCCAAUGAAGUGCGAAACUCAAUUUCAUAUGAGUUUCUUAUGUCAAAGUUAAUUCAAUAAAUGUCAUAUGGAACGAAAAGGCAACUGUCAAAAGAUAAUGUUAAUCAAUAAUCCCAAGUGAUUAUGUUUCUUAAUAGAUUGACAGAGAGCGUAAGUCAUCUAGCAACCUAACUGUAAAAAGCUUAUAUAAUGUACAUAGCAACAAAAAAGUUUAUCAAACAAAAUUAAAUUAGUUUUUACAAAAUUUCACUAAUUAAAUUUAAAACUAAAAUCAAAACUUAAAAUUUGUUAAAAAAUAAAAUUAAAAUUAAAUUAAAAAAAAAAAACAUUCAAUGUUGUUAAAUUAUUUUUAAGUAGUUAUUUACCUCCGUAUUCUUGUAAAAAGCAAACUACUCCUAUUGACUAACUAAUACUCAACUUAUAUUCAAAUACUCAAAUAUAUGAAAUAAAGAAGAAAAAAAACUUAAACAUGAUUAUUUAGUUAUAAUUAUUGCAAAACUAUGAAUGAACAAGAUUUUAAAGACUUAGAUAGUGUGCCAAUAAAAAAG